AUGCCCAAUAUAGGAGGUCCUAAGCAACGGAGACGAGCGCUGCUGUCUUCAGUGGUUACGUCAGUGCUUACAUAUGGUAUUUCCAUUUGGGCUGACGUCCUCCAGCUGCAAGAAGCUCGCCAUAAAAUUGCACCUGUCUAUCGGCUGAGUGCCCUCAGAGUUGCGAGUGCAUACCGGACGGUAUCUGAGGGCGCAGUCUGCGUCAUCUCAAGAAUAAUACCGAUAGAGGUAUUAGCUGAGGAGCGAAGAUCCCUGUAUGAACGGAAGAGAUCAGAAGCGCUGAAUUCCGAAGAACUGAAAAUCCAAGAGAGACGAAACAGCUUGAGCCGAUGGCAGCAGAAAUGGUCCGAUUCGACCAAGGGGAGAUGGACCUAUCGUCUGAUCUCGCAAGUGGCUGCCUGGAUGGUUUUUGUCACCCCCAUGCACAUACUGUUCCAGAGAUAUCGCUCAAAGGAGUAG